CACUUGUCUUUGUGUCCUUAGCAGCUCUUUGUCACUUGCCUUUGCUUUUAUUAUGGGGUUGAGGCUAGUAUUCUAGGAGAGAAAAAAAUAUUCUAGGAAAAAUCCUAUUUGAUGGUUUAUACAGAACCUGAUUUAUUUUUCAUUCAAGGAAAGUUUACUUUUUAGAUUAAAAAAAAAAAACCAUUUUGAUAAAUGCACACAGCUAUAUAACCCACAUCUCUCUCAAGAUGAAAAUUUCCUUCACCUGGCAAGUUUAAUUUUAACUUUAAAAUUUAAGGCCAUGAGAUUAUUUCCAAGUAGACUUCUAAUUCUUUUGUUUCUCAUAAAACUGGGAACUGUUGAAGUAGAACUCUGUUUAAUGUAUAUGUCCUGACAAGUCAGAGGGUCAAUAUAGAUAGUGGUGAAGAUUUUGGUUUGAAUCCUGGCCUCAGCAAUUAUUAGCUGUGUUAGUUUGGGAAGUCGUUUACCUUCUCUGAACCCACUUGCUAUUCUUUAAAAUAGAAGUUACAGCACCUAUGUAAUUCACAGGGCUGUUGUGAGGAUUGAAUGAGAUGAUCCAUAUAAAACACUGUGCUGUACUCUUGAUAAGCCCAUUUAUAAGAGCUUGUUGUCGUUGUAUGCUGUUGAGUCAAUUCUGACUAAUAGCAACCCUGUAGGUAGCUAUUGUUAAUACUAAGGGUAGAAAUAAUAUUAGUUAUGAGUAAUAAUAAAUUUCUGUUCACUUAGUAGUAACGGUAUUUAGUAAAGUAUGUAGGAUACCUGUAUAAUGAUAAAUAGUAAUAUGUUUUUGAUAAAAUAUUUUUCAAGGUACUGACAUUGGGGAAUGUUCAAACAGAUUAGAGUGGGAGCAAAUCAAAGAGUUAAGGUUGUUCUGUGGGGAUCACUUCCAUCACCAGUUGAAGUCAUGACAUAUUUUUCACAGUCUCUCUCUAAUCUUAGCUACCUGAAACACCACUACCUUUUAGCCCCUUUAUCAUUUUACUCCCAAACUGCUCCAAGUUAUUGGAAAACAAUUGCUCGUUGCUAUCAUUUAUUUUGUGCUUAUAAUGUGCACAGUAUGUAAUAGCUAUUUAAGGCUUCCAGUGUGCCAGGCACAGAGGCAAGCAUGUUCCCCAUCAUCUGGGUUCAGUCUCUUGAGGUAGGGACUGUUCUCAUUUACAUUUUAAAUAGGAGACUGAGGCAUAGAGAGAGGCAAGGACUUGCCCAAGAUCAUGCAGCCUUACUCAGGUCAGCCAGUCUGAUCCCAAAGCCUGGGUUGGUAACCACUGGACCACACUGCCAGCGUAUGUCAGAGUUUAUUAAGUGUAUCUUCUAUUCACAUGCCAGUAUAGCCACAAUGAUUGAGGAUAAACCCACAAUUCAUCUCUUUUUCAGGUUCUCUAUAUCCUUGCUGAUCUUUCUAGAUGUUCUGUCCAUUGUUGAAAGGUAUUUGAUGUCCUACUGAUACUACAGAACUGUCUGUUUUUUCCUUCAGCUUUGUUAGACUUUGCUUUCUAUAUUUAGAGCCCCUAGUUAGAUGUACCUGAUCCAAGCCAUGGUAUUUUCAGUUGACUUAUAUGCAUGCAAAAGCUAGUCAAUGAAUAAGGAAGACUGGAGAAGAAUUGAUGCCUUUGCGUUAUGGCCUUGGCAAAGAAUGUUGAAUAUACUACGGACUGCCAAAAGAACGAACAAAUCUAUCUUGGAAGAAGUACAGCCGGAAUGCUCUUUAGAAGUAAGAAUGGUGAGACUUCAUCUAACAUACUUUGGGCAUGUUAUCAGAGGGACCAGUCCUUGGAGAAGAACAUCACGCGUGGUAGAGGGUCACCGACAAAGAGGAAGACCCUCAAGGAGAUGGAAUGACACAGUGACUACAACAAUGGGCUCAAGCAAAAAACGGUCAUGAGGAUGGCAUAGGACCAGGCAGUGUUUCGUUGUUGUACAUAGGGUUGCUAUGAAUUGGAACUGACUCAGCACCUAACAACAACAGUGUUAGAUGCAUGUGUAUUUAUAAUUGUUAUAUCCUCUUGAUGAAUUGACCCUUUAUCAUUACAUAAUGUCCUUCUUUGUCUCUUAUAACAGAUGUUGACUUAAAGUCUGUUUUCUCUGAUAUUAAUUCUUGUCUCUUUAAUGAUGAGUUUCCUUCCCCUCCCAAGGCAAGCUGGUAUUUAGAAGUGUGGUGUACACCUAGUGUUUGCCUUGUGUAAACAGCUACGGAUACUGUUUCUGUCUCCAUGCAAUUACAUGUUAAUGAGGUUUGGAUAGAGUAUCCACUUUGUUUUCCAUUCAGGGAAACAGUGCUUUUAGCCUGGAACUCAGUUUGUCUCGUUUCCUUCUAGUUUACAGUACUUUCCAAUAAAUUCUAGGCCAGUGGUUGGCAGACUGUCGGGUUUCCACAGCCAGCAAAAUUUUACAAACCUGCUGGGCCAACAUAGGUUUGCCAAUUUUUUAUUUUGCUAAGUAUGGAUGUAAAAAACAAAGAGGUAAAAAGAAAAACCUAUUUGCAUCUUUAUUUCAUUAUUACUUUUUAAAAAAAUUUAUUUAUUGUGCUUUAGGUGAAAGUUUACAAGGCAAGUCAGUCUCUCAUACAAAAAGCCAAACACCCUGCCGGGUACUCCCAGCUGCUCUGCCCUUAAUGAGAUAGCAUGUUCCUCCCCUCCACCCUGUAUGCCCUGUGUCCAUUCAGCCAGCUCCUGUCCCCCUCUUCCUUCUCAUCUUGCCAGCAGACAGGAGUUGCCCACAUAGUCUCAUGUGUCUACUUGAGCCGUGAAGUUCACUUCUCACCAGCAUCAUUGUGUAUCUUAUAGUCCAGGUCAGUCACUGUCUGUAGAGUUGAUUUCAGGAAUGGUCCCAAUCUUGGGCUAUCAGAGGAUCCAGAUAGCAUGACCAUCAGGGUCCCUCUGGUCUCAAUCAGACCAUUAAGCAUGGUCUUUAUGAGAAUUUAAGAUCUGCAUCGCACUGUCCUCCUGCUCCAUCAGGGAUUCCCUGUUGUGUUCCCUGUCAGGGCAGUCAUCGUUGGUAGCUGGGCACCAUCUAGUUCUUUGGGUUUCAGGCUGGUGGAGUCUCUGAUUUAUGUGGCCCUUCCUGUGUCUUGGGCUCAUAUUUACCUUGUGUAUUAGGUGUUCAUUCUCCUUUGCUCCAGGUGUGUUAAGACCAAUUUAUGCAUCUUAGAUGGCUGCUUGUUAGUGUUUAAGAUCCCAGACGCCUCUCACCAAAGUGGAAUGCAGACCGUUUUCUUAAUAUAUUUUGUUAUGCCAAAUGACCCAGAUGUCCCCUGAAACCGUGGUCCCCAGACCCCUGUCCCUGCUACUCUGGCCUUCGAAGCUUUUGGUUGUAUUGGAGAAAUUCUUUGCUUUUAGUUUAGUCCAGUUGUAGUACUAUCCCUGUGUUUUGUGUUGCCCUUCCCUUCACCUAAAAAAUUUUUUGUCUACUGUCUAGUUAGUGAAUAUCCCUCUCCCUCCCUCCCCACCCUUGUAACCAUCAAAGAAUAUUUUCUUCUGUGUUUAAACUUUAUCUGGAGUCCUUAUAAUAAUGGUCUUAUACGAUAUUUGUCCUUUUGCAAUUGACUUACUACAGAUUCCGCCAUUUUAUGAAACGUUUCACAGAUUCAUCAUUGUUUUUAAUCAUUGCGUAGUAUUCUGUUGUGUGAAUAUGCCAUAAUUUAUUUAUCUAUUCAUCCAUUGAUGGGUACCUUGGUGGCUUCCAACCUUUUGCUAUUGUAAACGGUGCUGCAGUGAACAUGGGUGUGCAUAGAUAUGUUCGUGUAAAGGCUCUUAUUUCUCUAGGAUAUAUUCCAAGGAGUAGAAUUGCUGGGUCAUAUGGUCGUUCUGUUGCUAGCCUUUUAAGGAAGCACUAUCAUUAUUACUUCUUUAUUUCAUAAAGAUAGGACAUUUUAAGAAAACCAAGAGAGGGGGACACAGUCUCUGAAUAGUGGACCAUGCUUUCAUUUGAGGACAUUUGGCUUUAUAAAAAAAGUCAUGGGGUGCUCAUUUUUUUCUCAUUUCACUGCAGACUGUUGAAUACUUUGUUAAGAAUCAGUAUAUAUUUGGGAACUGCUGCUCUUGUCUGUCUAAAUUCAUUGAAGAAGCAGCAGAAACAAUCUUGUUAUUUUUGAGUUAGUGGGAGAGCUGCGACUCAAGUGAUAGAUAAGGUGGCCUUGUGACCCAGUGCUUCCCAAACCUAGCUAAGGUCCGAAUCUCUUGAGAAGCUUGUUAAUAAAAUAUAAUCUAAGCUACAACAUGGAAAACUCUAAUUUAAUAGGUGGGACCAGAGAAUUUUCUAGGUGAUUCAAAUGCAGGCUGUCUGUUACCCAGUGCAGCAUAACAAACUACUACUAAGUUUAGCGGUUUAAAGCAACAGUGAUUCAAUUUUUUCUUAAGAACCUGUGGGUUAGCUGAACUCAACUGGGAGGUUCUUCUGCACCACCCUGUGGAAGUCAGCUGAGGUCAUUCAUGGGGCCACAAUCAGCUGGGAGCUUAGCUGGGGCUAGGAUAUCUGGAUGCUGACUGCUGGCCAAAGUGCUUCAGUGCUUCUCCACAUGGCCUCUCUCCAUGAGAUCUUUCAUCACUUGUUAGUCCAGUCCAGGAAGAGUUAUACAUUUUUUCUGUAAAUAGUAAAUACUCUAGGUUUCGUGGACCAUAUGGUGUCUGUUGCAGCUAUUCAACUCUGCCAUUGUAGCAUCAAAGCAGCCAUAGACAAUAUAUGAAUGAAUGGGUGCGUCUGUGUUCCAAUAAAACUUUAUUUAUAAAAACAGAUGGUGGGCCAGAAAUGGCUCAUGGGCUGGCCAUAGUUUGCUGAACUGUGGUGUAGCCCAAAGCAGAAGCUGCCAGACUUCUUAAGGGUUCCACCCAGAACUGCCACAAUGUUACUUGUGUCACAUUCUCUUGGUUGAAGUGAGUCACAAGGACAUAGGUUCAAGGGAAGGGGAAAUAGACUCUAGCUCUUGAUGAGAGGGGUGGCAUAUGCAUACAGGGAUGGAGGAAUUGUUGGUAGCCGUCUGUGCAGACAGACCUUUACACAAUCCAUGGCCUGGCUCAUGAGAACCAUUGCCUUAGGCCAGGAGUUGCAAAUUCAUGCCUUAGAGGGUCAGUCAGUAAGUAUAAAUGAAUCCAGUGGACCAGGUAGAGGACUGAGAGUCAGGUUUAUGGUGAACUGCAGAACACACUUGCCACCUAGAGGGGGCAGCGUUACUUGUUGUUAGGUGCCUUUGAGUAGAACUGCCCCAUAACUAUAAUCCUUACAGGAGUGGAUCUCUGGGUCUUUCUCCCAUGGAGCCAAUACUGCACAAUCUUCCAGUUUUUCAAGAAAAGCCAGAAAUCCCAAUUUAUAUGUGAAAUCUCCUGAUUUUAAAAUAUUGGCAGAUAAUUCAAAUUACAGGUAGUCCACAACUUACAAUGGGGUUCUAUUCCGACAAUCGUUCAGAAGUCAGCUUUGACCUCUUUUUAAAGCUUUCGUUAUUAUCAGUAUCUUCAUAAAUCCCAUCUUUGAACAUCUGAGAAUGAGAACAUUAACGAAUUGCGUGCUGCAGCUUUGUAUAUAGUACAUAUUACUAAUAAGAUGUAUAAAAAACAAACAAAAAAACCAGAUGGUCAUAAGCAGUUUGCUGUAACUUGCUGUAACAAGUAGUCUGGGACUACUUGUAUUUCGGAGCCCUAGUGGUGCAGUGGUUAAGAGCUAUGGCUGCUAACCAGGAGGUUGGCAGUUUGAAUCCACCAGCUGCUCCUUGGAAACCCUAUAGGGCAGUUCUCUGUCCUAUACAGUCGCUAUGAGUUGGAAUUGACUCGAUGGCAAUGCGUUUGUUUUGGUUUUGGUUACCUGUAUUUCAGACACUACACACAGGUCAAACAAAACAUGUCUGUGGGCAAGUUACAGUUUGUCGGUUUAUAACUGUUGUUCUAGAUCGUGAGUAAAUGCAGCUUUAUGAUAAGCCUUAUACUACAAUGAUUCAGUUUUCACUACUCUAGAUAAUUUGAAUGAGUUAAAGGAACUGAAAUUAUACUGACAAACUUCUGGGCAUGCCUGAAAGAUAAGACAAUCGUUUCCUGUUGUCAAGACAGGAAAAUAUGUCAUAAGCAGUGGAGUCCAGAGUGAAUGUUCCUGUGCGCCUGAACUGUUAAGAAUAAAGAGCCUUUUCUUAUUAAUUGGAGGUUGUGACGUUUUUCUUCCCAGAUGCUUCCCAUUUCUUCACGGGGAAACCUGCCUUUAUGACUCAACAGCAGAUGUCCCCUCUUUCCCGAGAAGGGAUAUUAGAUGCCCUCUUUGUUCUCGUUGAAGAAUGUAGUCAGCCUGCUCUGAUGAAGAUGAAGCACGUGAGCAACUUUGUCCGCAAGUAUUCUGACACUAUAGCCGAGUUACAGGAACUCCAGCCUUCCACCAAGGACUUUGAAGUCAAAAGCCUGGUAGGUUGUGGUCACUUUGCCUACGUGCAGGUGGUCAGAGAGAAAGCCACGGGGGACAUCUAUGCCAUGAAAGUGAUGAAGAAGAAGGCCUUGUUGGCCCAGGAGCAGGUCUCAUUUUUUGAGGAAGAGCGGAACAUAUUAUCUCGGAGCACAAGUCCUUGGAUCCCGCAAUUGCAGUAUGCCUUUCAGGACAAAAAUAGCCUUUAUCUGGUCAUGGAAUAUCAGCCCGGAGGUGACUUGCUGUCACUCUUGAAUAGAUAUGAGGACCAAUUAGAUGAAAACAUGAUUCAGUUUUACCUAGCCGAACUGAUUUUGGCUGUUCACAGCGUUCACCAGAUGGGAUAUGUACAUCGAGACGUCAAGCCUGAGAAUAUUCUUAUUGACCGAACAGGGCAUAUUAAGCUGGUGGAUUUUGGAUCUGCGGCUAAAAUGAACUCAAAUAAGAUGGUGAAUGCAAAACUCCCGAUUGGGACCCCGGAUUACAUGGCCCCUGAAGUGUUGACUGUGAUGAAUGGGGAUGGAAAAGGUGUCUAUGGCCUGGAGUGCGAUUGGUGGUCUGUGGGAGUGAUCGCUUAUGAGAUGAUUUAUGGGAGAUCCCCGUUCACUGAGGGAACCUCAGCCAGAACGUUCAGUAACAUCAUGAAUUUCCAGCGGUUUUUGAAGUUUCCAGGUGACCCCAAAGUUAGCAAUGAAUGUCUUGAUCUGAUUCAGAGUUUGUUGUGUGGGCAGAAAGAGAGAUUGAAUUUUGAAGGCCUUUGCUGCCAUCCUUUCUUCGCUAAAGUUGACUGGAAGGACAUUCGUAACUCUCCUCCUCCCUUCGUUCCCACCCUCAAGUCUGAUGAUGACACCUCCAAUUUUGAUGAACCAGAGAAGAAUUCGUGGGUUUCAUCCUCUCCGUGCCAGUUGAACCCCUCAGGUUUCUCUGGUGAAGAGCUGCCGUUUGUGGGAUUUUCAUACAGCAAGGCACUGGGGAUUCUUGGUAGAUCUGAGUCUGUUGCGUCGGGUCUGGACUCCCCUGCCAAGACUAGCUCCAUGGAAAAGAAACUUCUCAUCAAAAGCAAAGAGCUGCAAGACUCUCAGGACAAGUGUCACAAGAUGGAGCAGGAAAUGACCCGGUUACAUCGGAGAGUGUCUGAGGUGGAGGCUGUGCUUAGUCAGAAGGAGGUGGAGCUGAAGGCCUCUGAGACUCAGAGAUCCCUCCUGGAGCAGGACCUUGCUACCUACAUCACAGAAUGCAGUAGCUUAAAGCGAAGUUUGGAGCAAGCACGGAUGGAAGUGUCUCAGGAGGAUGACAAAGCACUGCAGCUCCUCCACGAUAUCAGAGAGCAGAGCCGGAAGCUCCAAGAAAUCAAAGAGCAGGAGUACCAGGCUCAAGUGGAAGAAAUGAGAUUAAUGAUGAAUCAGCUGGAAGAAGACCUUGUCUCGGCAAGAAGACGGAGUGAUCUCUACGAAUCAGAGCUGAGAGAGUCUCGGCUCGCUGCUGAGGAAUUCAAGCGGAAAGCAACAGAAAGUCAGCAUAAACUUAUGAAGGCUAAGGAUCAAGGGAAGCCUGAAGUGGGAGAAUAUGCCAAACUGGAGAAGAUCAAUGCUGAGCAGCAGCUCAAAAUUCAGGAGCUCCAAGAGAAACUGGAAAAGGCUGUAAAAGCCAGCACAGAGGCCACCGAGCUACUUCAGAAUAUCCGCCACGCAAAGGAGCGAGCGGAGCGGGAGCUGGAGAAGCUUCAGAACCGAGAGGAUUCUUCUGAAGGCAUAAAAAAGAAGCUGGUGGAGGCUGAGGAACGCCGACAUUCUCUGGAGAACAAGGUAAAGAGGCUAGAGACCAUGGAACGUAGAGAAAACAGACUGAAGGAUGACAUCCAGACAAAAUCCCAACAGAUCCAGCAGAUGGCUGAUAAAAUUCUGGAGCUGGAGGAGAAGCACCGGGAGGCCCAGGUUUCAGCCCAGCACCUAGAGGUGCACCUGAAACAGAAAGAGCAGCACUACGAGGAAAAAAUUAAAGUAUUAGAUAAUCAGAUAAAGAAAGACCUGGCUGAUAAGGAGACUCUGGAGAACCUGAUGCAGAGACACGAAGAGGAAGCCCAUGAGAAGGGCAAAAUUCUCAGCGAGCAGAAGGCGAUGAUCAAUGCUAUGGAUUCCAAGAUCAGAUCCCUGGAACAGAGGAUUGUGGAACUGUCUGAAGCCAAUAAGCUUGCCGCAAACAGCAGUCUUUUUACCCAGAGGAAUAUGAAGGCUCAGGAGGAGAUGAUUUCAGAGCUCAGGCAACAGAAGUUUUAUCUGGAGACGCAGGCUGGGAAGUUGGAGGCCCAGAACCGAAAGCUGGAGGAGCAACUGGAAAAAAUCAGCCACCAGGACCACAGCGACAAGAGUCGACUGCUUGAGCUGGAGACACGGCUGAGGGAGGUCAGUUUAGAGCAUGAGGAGCAGAAACUGGAGCUAAAGCGCCAGCUCACAGAGUUGCAGCUCUCCCUUCAAGAGCGUGAGUCCCAGCUCACGGCCCUCCAGGCCGCCCGGGCAGCCCUGGAGAGCCAGCUUCGCCAGGCGAAGACAGAGCUGGAGGAGACGACAGCAGAAGCAGAAGAAGAAAUCCAGGCGCUCACGGCACAUAGAGAUGAAAUCCAGCGCAAAUUUGAUGCUCUCCGUAACAGCUGUACUGUAAUCACAGACCUGGAGGAGCAGCUGACUCAGCUGACAGAGGACAACGCUGAGCUCAACAACCAAAACUUCUACCUGUCCAAACAACUUGACGAGGCUUCUGGCGCCAACGAUGAGAUAGCGCAGCUCCGAAGUGAAGUGGACCAUCUCCGCCGUGAAAUCACCGAGCGGGAGAUGCAGCUUACCAGCCAGAAGCAAACGAUGGAGGCCCUGAAAACCACGUGCACGAUGCUGGAGGAACAGGUCAUGGAUCUGGAAGCCCUGAACGAUGAGUUGCUGGAAAAGGAGCGGCAGUGGGAGGCGUGGAGGAGCGUCCUUGGUGAUGAGAAAUCCCAGUUUGAGUGUCGGGUUCGAGAGUUACAGAGGAUGUUGGACACCGAAAAGCAGAGCAGGGUGAGAGCUGACCAGCGGAUCACCGAGUCACGCCAAGUGGUGGAGCUGGCGGUGAAGGAGCACAAGGCUGAGAUCCUUGCUCUGCAGCAGGCUCUCAAAGAGCAGAAGCUGAAAGCUGAGAGCCUCUCUGACAAGCUGAAUGACCUGGAAAAGAAGCACGCCAUGCUUGAGAUGAAUGCGCGAAGCUUACAGCAGAAGCUAGAGACCGAGCGAGAACUCAAACAAAGGCUCCUGGAAGAGCAAGCUAAGUUACAGCAGCAGAUGGACCUGCAGAAGAACCACAUUUUCCGCCUGACUCAAGGAUUGCAGGAAGCUCUAGACCGGGCUGAUUUGCUGAAGACAGAGAGGAGUGAUUUGGAGUAUCAGCUGGAAAACAUUCAGGUUCUCUAUUCUCACGAAAAGGUGAAAAUGGAAGGCACUAUUUCUCAACAAACCAAGCUCAUCGAUUUUCUGCAAGCCAAAAUGGACCAACCUGCCAAAAAGAAAAAGGGUUUAUUUAGUCGACGGAAAGAGGACCCUGCUUUGCCCACACAGGUUCCUCUGCAGUACAAUGAGCUGAAGGUGGCCCUGGAGAAGGAGAAAGCUCGCUGUGCAGAGUUAGAGGAAGCCCUUCAGAAGACCCGCAUUGAGCUCCGGUCUGCCCGAGAGGAAGCUGCCCACCGAAAAGCCACAGACCACCCCCACCCAUCUACGCCAGCUACCGCGAGGCAGCAGAUCGCAAUGUCUGCCAUCGUGCGGUCACCCGAGCACCAGCCUAGUGCCAUGAGCCUGCUCGCCCCACCUUCCAGCCGCAGAAAAGAGUCUUCGACUCCAGAAGAAUUCAGUCGGCGUCUUAAGGAGCGGAUGCACCACAAUAUUCCUCACCGAUUCAACGUGGGACUGAACAUGCGAGCCACAAAGUGCGCUGUGUGUCUGGAUACUGUGCACUUUGGACGCCAGGCAUCCAAAUGUCUCGAAUGCCAGGUGAUGUGUCAUCCCAAGUGCUCCACGUGCUUGCCAGCUACCUGCGGCCUGCCCGCCGAAUACGCCACGCACUUCACUGAGGCCUUCUGCCGUGACAAAAUGAACUCCCCAGGUCUCCAGACCAAGGAGCCCAGCAGCAGCUUGCACCUAGAGGGGUGGAUGAAGGUGCCCAGGAAUAAUAAGCGAGGACAGCAAGGCUGGGACAGGAAGUACCUUGUCCUGGAAGGAUCUAAAGUCCUCAUUUAUGACAAUGAAGCCAGAGAAGCUGGACAGAGGCCGGUGGAAGAAUUUGAGCUGUGCCUUCCCGACGGGGACGUAUCUAUUCAUGGCGCCGUUGGUGCUUCCGAACUCGCAAAUACAGCCAAAGCAGAUGUCCCAUACAUACUGAAGAUGGAAUCUCACCCGCAUACCACCUGCUGGCCCGGGAGAACACUCUACUUGCUAGCUCCCAGCUUCCCCGACAAACAGCGCUGGGUCACUGCCUUAGAGUCAGUGGUCGCAGGUGGGAGAGUGUCUAGGGAAAAAGCAGAAGCCGACGCUGCCCGUGACUGUGUUUCCUAUGAGCUUCUGCCUGCGUGGGUUCAGAAAUUGCUUGGAAACUCUCUGCUGAAACUGGAGGGUGAUGAGCGUCUCGACAUGAACUGCACGCUGCCCUUCAGUGAUCAGGUGGUGUUGGUGGGCACUGAGGAAGGGCUGUAUGCACUGAAUGUCUUGAAAAACUCCCUAACCCACGUCCCAGGCAUUGGAGCCGUCUUCCAGAUUUAUAUCAUCAAGGACCUGGAGAAGCUACUCAUGAUAGCAGGGGAAGAACGGGCCCUGUGUCUCGUGGAGGUGAAGAAGGUGAAGCAGUCCCUGGCACAGUCUCACCUUCCUGCCCAGCCAGACAUCUCACCCAACGUUUUCGAAGCCGUCAAGGGCUGCCACUUGUUUGCUGCUGGCAAGAUUGAUAACGGGCUCUGCAUUUGUGCAGCCAUGCCCAGCAAAGUUGUGAUUCUCCGCUACAACGAGAACCUCAGCAAGUACUGUAUCCGGAAGGAGAUAGAGACCUCAGAGCCCUGUAGCUGUAUCCACUUCACCAAUUAUAGCAUCCUCAUUGGCACCAAUAAAUUCUACGAAAUUGACAUGAAGCAGUACACGCUCGAGGAAUUCCUGGAUAAGAAUGACCAUUCCUUGGCGCCUGCUGUGUUUGCCUCCUCUUCCAACAGCUUCCCGGUCUCCAUCGUGCAGGUGAACAGCGCUGGGCAGCGGGAGGAGUACCUGCUCUGUUUCCACGAAUUUGGGGUGUUCGUGGAUUCUUACGGAAGACGUAGCCGCACAGAUGAUCUCAAGUGGAGUCGCUUGCCUUUGGCCUUUGCUUACAGAGAACCUUAUCUGUUUGUGACCCACUUCAACUCGCUCGAAGUAAUUGAGAUCCAGGCACGUUCCUCUCUGGGGACCCCUGCCCGAGCGUAUUUGGAAAUCCCGAAUCCACGCUACCUGGGCCCUGCAAUUUCAUCGGGAGCAAUUUACCUGGCUUCCUCAUACCAGGAUAAAUUAAGGGUCAUUUGCUGCAAAGGAAACCUUGUGAAGGAGUCCGGCACUGACCACCACCGGGUCCCCUCCACCUCCCGCAGCCCCAACAAGCGAGGCCCACCGACAUACAACGAGCACAUCACCAAGCGCGUGGCCUCUAGCCCGGCGCCCCCCGAAGGCCCCAGCCACCCCCGAGAGCCGAGCACACCCCACCGCUACCGGGAGGGGCGGACAGAGCUGCGCAGGGACAAGUCCCCGGGCCGACCCCUGGAACGAGAGAAAUCUCCGGGCCGGGUGCUCAGCACACGGAGGGAGCGGUCCCCCGGGAGGCUAUUUGAAGACAGCAGCAGGGGCCGGCUGCCCGUGGGGGCUGUGAGAACCCCGCUGUCCCAGGUCAAUAAGGUCUGGGACCAGUCUUCAGUAUAAAUUCCAGCCAGAAAAACCAACUCCUCAUGUCAGUCUGCAGGAAAAUACCAAACUAUGGAACUCUGCUGAAGGUGACCCCAGGGCCCACAUGUUCAGCCACUCGUGGCACAGCUGGGCUCAGACCUCCUCAGCAUGGACACCCCUGUCUCCAGGAGGUGCAGAUGGCGGAGGCACUCCGGAGCCAUCACAUCUCGAUGUCUACUCCGGACACCUUCCUGCAGUCAUCCUCUUUGCACUUUGUUACUCUUUCAAAGCAUUCAUAAAACUUUUGUACCUAGCUCUAGCCUGUACAAUACAGAUUCAUCCAAGGAAACCAACCUGGACGCUAACUACAACGUGGUUAGAAUCCUAACUAAUAGCUACUUUAAGAUCCUAUGGUUGGUUUUUCUUUUUUUUCUCUCUUGGUUUCUUUUUUUUUUUUUAAGACAACAGAAUUCUGAAUAGAUUUGAAUAGUAAUGUGUUUCCUGUUGCAGUCCUUUUUAGCUAGACCAGACCAUUGGGUCUUUGCUACUGAAACUAUCGUAGAAGAGCCCCCGUCGGUUUGUUGACCGCCUGCCCACGCUCCCAUAGAUCCAUUCUUGUUUGAGUCCAUCCUUACAGAUGGCCCUGUUUCACCCAGGGUGACAUUGUAGCCAAAUGUUUACUGUUUUCAUUGCCUUUUAUGGCCUUGACGACUUCCCCCUCCCACCAGCUGAGAAUGUACGGAGGUCAUCAGGCCUCAGCUCGGAGGCAGUGACUUGGCGCCAAGGGACCUCACUGAGCUUUCCUCCCCAGCCCCUCAGCGUCAUCUCCCAGCCUGCUGUCCCCACUUGCCAUGUAGCUUUGGCCAGGAAAGCAUGCACUAGACUUGCUCUGCGCCCAGCAUUAAUGGGUCUCUGGCCAGGGAGGGGGCUGGGAGUCCCCACUUCCUGUCCGUGAUGGUGUGUUGUUCCCCGGUCUGGGAUGGGCGAGAGACCCUGCCCAGGAGUCCUGCAUGGCAGUUCACUGCAUGUGCUGCCCCACUGACCUGGCUGACCACCUUGGGUUGCUCUGCCAAUGUAUCAACACCAUACCAUAGCUCCCACUGAAUUAAGACUCUGCCGACUUGCCAAAUUACUGGCCACCACAAGCUGCAGUCUGUAGCACUGAACAAACAAAAAAAACGCUCAAGCCUUACGACCAGAGAAGGAUUUCAGCAAACCACCACCUCAAACUCAGUAUCCCCUCCAACUUCCACGCUUGCCUGCCGACUCCCUCGAGGAUGACUCUGUUCACACAAACUCCAGCACGGUUCUACCCCCACGAAACUGUGACUUCCCAAGUGAGCCUUUUCCUAGGGCUAGAGCUAAGACCAGGAAGCGUGAGAAAGAAGCCGCAGCUCAACUCUUCCAACUCUGCAGAGGUUGGGAAGUCCUCCUUAGGUGCAGUGCGGCUCACAAGAUUCUCUCUGCCCUCUACUAGAGUGCAGAAUUCCUGGCAACUGGUAUAGAACCAACCUAGAGGUUUUGCAGUUGGCAAGCUAACUAGCGGCCUUAUUUUUGCCUUUAAUCUCCCACAAGGCAUCUUUUGCUUUGGAUUCUCCAUGACUCUUAGGCACGCCUCGAACAACCAAGGCACGUCCUAGGUGGGCUGAAAGGUAGACCUGUUUCCACCACAGCAAGUGAACACGACCAUGUUUCCAACCCGCGUGUCCACAGUGUAGAUCACUUUCCAGAUUGCAGCCUGGCCCAAAUCCUGGCUCCUUCCUGCUCGUCUCUUAACCUAAGUGCUUUUCUUGUUGGAAUCUCCCAUGAACCUCCAUGUUGUAGCACCUUGGUGUGUGUCAUGCUGUUGUGUUUUAUGUGUUGCUUGGAGUCUUUGGGGUCAUACCCCGUCCCCUCCCUCCCCCAGGGCAGAUUUGACUGAAUGUUUGCUGAAGUUUUUGUCUCUUGGUCCACAAGUAUUUGGAAAGGUCACUGAAAAUUGGUCUUUCAGUCUUGGCAUUUCAUUUAGGAUCUCCAUGAGAAAUGGGUUUCUUAAGCUCUGAAAGUGUAUAUUGUGUGUCUCAUUUGUGAAACGCUUCCUGCUAUAGAACUAGCUCAAAAGACUGUACAUAUUUACAAGAAACUUUAUAUUCGUAAAAAAAAAAAAAAGGAAAUUGAAUUGGUUUCUACUUUUUUAUUGUAAAAGGUGCAUUUUUCAACACUUACUUUUGGUUUCAGUGGUGGUAAGCUGUGGACAGCCAUCUUCACUGGAGGGUGGGGAGCUCUGUGUGACCACCAAGAUCCCAGCAGGAAAUAUUGUAACACGAAACUGCAGUCAAAAGCGUAUUAGCAUAACUAAGAUUUUAGGUCUCCAAAGUACAGGCUUUUUCUUCAUUACCUUUUUUUAUUCAGAGCAAAGAAGAGAAUACAAGGAAUAGUUCAAGAUCCACCUUGAGAGGAAUGAACUUUGUUGUUGAACAAUAGCGAAAUAAAGCAACAAACUAAAAUGCUUGCUUUCGUGGCAAAGACCUCUUCUUUUCUUGAGACCAUAAAACACCUGACUAUUCCA